AUGGGCCUCCUUGUACAAGGCAGCCCUCUCAGCUGGGAAGAGACCAAGCCCCUCGCCGAGCACAUCCGUGAUCACGGUCUCACGCAGUUCCUGAAUAUAUGGGACAAGACGAAGGGCCGGACCUGCAUCAAUUUCCUAUGGGGUGACGAGAUCGAAUACAUGGUCGCAUCUCUGGACCACGAGCGCAAGUCCGCCAGAUUGAGCUUGCGACAGAGCUCCGUGACUAUCAAAGCAUUGCAAGCAGACGGUAUUGACUCUUCUCUCGCGAUGGACCAGGGUGCCGGUAUCCCCACUUUCCAUCACGAGUACGGACGGUACCAAAUCGAGUCUACCCCAGGCAACCCGUUCUCCGAUGCCCCUUCUUCGCUUCUAUCCGUGGAAGGCGACAUGCGCUUUCGACGACAGAUCAUCCGCCGCGAGCUACAGCCCUCGGAGAUACUCCUCACCAUCACCUCUUGGCCAAGGAUGGGAGUCACCGAUACUGCCUUCACUACCGAAGAACCAAUGGAAACGAAGAAUCAGGAGGACGAGGACUUGGAGGAGCAACAUGUGGACGUCGACAAGCUUACGAGGGGCAGGAGCGUUCGAUAUUCAGAUACAGCUGUUUAUCGACAAGCAUACCGACACGAAGCAGCAGGUGCACCACCCAGACGGCUCUCAAGUGAAGGGAAGGUCUACCUGGCAUCUUCCGGUAUUCCCACAAUUUUCAUGGAUGCCAUGGCGUACGGCAUCGGUUGUUGCUGCUUGCAGGUCACCUUACAAGCUUCCGACGUUGACGAAGCAAGAACCUUGUUCGAUGGCUUGGUCUCGGUUGCUCCGAUUAUGCUCGCACUUACGGCGGCUAGUCCUGUGUUCCAUGGUCGUCUGUCGGAUCUUGACACCCGCUGGGACGCGAUAGUCAGUAGCACUGAUGAUCGGACGGAAGACGAGAAGAAAGACGCAAAGGUGCGUUGCAGACUAUGGCAUUGCUCCAAGCUACCCCGCUGGCACUCCGUCAAUAUGUACAUCGCCAACGACGACAAGAACAAGCCCGAGUACGGUAUCGAAGUGCCUACCAACGCACAAGCAAGAAAGAGACUGCUUGAACAUGGCAUCGACAACAAGAUGGCUGACCACAUUGCGCAUCUUUUCAUCCGAGAUCCUCUCAUUCAAAUGUCUGAGCUCGUCAAUCAAGACGACAGCAAGUCCACCCUCCACUUUGAUGGGAUCAACACUGGUACUUGGCCGAGUGUCCGGUUCAAGCCUCCUCCUCCGGACUCGACUAUCGGCUGGAGGGUCGAGAUUCGGACGAUGGAGAUUCAGAUGACGGAUUUCGAGAAUGCUGCCUUUUCGAUCUUUGUUGUGCUGCUCACCCGGGCGAUCACCAGUCUCAAGCUGAACUUCUACAUUCCCAUCUCGAAGGUCGACGAGAACAUGGAACGUGCACAUCAACGCAAUGCUGCCGCUACCAAGACAUUCGUUUUCCGAAAGAACAUCUUCCCUUUCGAAAACUCUUCUGACUCUGAAGCCAAAGACGAUAUACAAGACAUGAGCCUGAACGACAUCAUCAACGGCGAUGGAGCCGGCUUCCCUGGGCUUAUGGGUGUUGUCGAGAAAUACCUCAAGACCGUUGAUGCGGAUGAGAAGACGAUGGAUGGUCUCGGGCGUUAUCUCGAUUUCAUCAAACUUCGAGCCAAGGGCGACUUGAUGACUCCUGCAAGCUGGAUCAGAAACUUCAUCACUUCUCACCCCGACUACAAACAGGACUCUAUCGUCAGCGAUGAGAUCAACUACGACCUCGUAAAGGCUAUCGACGAGCUUGAGAGAGGUCAGAGGUCAGUCCCGGAGCUUUUGGGAAAGGACUUUUAUGCGAGGUCAGGACCUUUGUGA